AUGGACCUGCUGGGAGGGGAGAGAGCUGUCCCCAACACGUUCUCCCUGAUCUUUGCCUGUACCUGCGGGUUGAUCCUGGGCAUCGGUUUCUGUGCCAACCUACUGGUGUUCUCUCUGUUCGCCAAGUACAACACCCUGAGGAAGAACUGUCUGGACAUCCUGCUGCUCAGCAUGGCUCUGGCAGACUUCCUCACCCUGCUGCUCAUCCCCUUCACUCUGCACUCUGCCGUCAGCUACUCGUGGCCGCUGGGGGACACCUCCUGCAAGGUGUACCAGUUCUUUCUGGCCUUCUCCCUGGCAGCCAGCACCUACAGCCUGUGUGCCGUGUCCAUGACACGCGCCAUGAUCAUCACCAACCCCUACCACCCUCCUACCAUGGACCUGGUGGUCCUGAUGUUUGUCUUGGUCUGGGCAUCAGCCUUCUUCAUCAGCCUGCCUCUGAGGAUCUUCGCCACCAAGGAGAGCCUGGGCCCCGGCUUGGGUAAUUUUACAUUCUGCCUGCCCACCAUACAGGAACACCACUAUCAGGUGGUCCUCAGCCAGUUCAUGCUCUACUACUUUGUCCCUAUGCUGGUGAUCGCCUUCAACUACGUCCGGUUGGCCUGCUUCCUCCACAAGAGCCCAGUCAUGUCUGUGGCCAGUGCUCGCAACACACGCCGAGCCUCCUUUAUGGUGUUCCUGGCGGCCGGGACCUUCUCCAUCUGCUGGCUUCCCGGGUACAUCCUGGAGCUGUGUGUGUACCUUGGGCUCUACUGCCACGGCCAGUCCUGGGAGAUGUUCUACUUCAUCUGCACCGUGCUCCAGUACCUCCAUCCCUGUGUUAACCCCGUGCUCUAUGUGCUGCUGUCCAAGAGGUACCGCCACCGCAGGAGUGCCUGGUUGUUUACCUGCCACAGGAAUAGGGUGCAGCCGCAGGUUGUCAGCAUCACUACAGAGACUAUGUAG